CUCCCUCUCUCCCUGUCUCGCUCUCUGUAGCUCUGUAAGUUUGCUGCUUCUGGAUACAGCCUCGAUAUGUCUUUCUGGUGGAUUUACCCAACUCUCAUCACUCUCUGCACCUUGGUCAGUACCCAGGCACUAAGGAUAUACCCAGUCAAUGAAGUAACUUUGCUUGAUUCUAUGUCUGCGCAUGGAGACCUGGGAUGGGUGGCAUACCCACCAGAAGGGUGGGAAGAAAUUAGCGUAAUGGAUGAAAGAAAUACACCUAUGAGAACAUAUCAGGUUUGUAACGUUCUAGAAGUCAGUCAGAAUAACUGGCUGAGAACCAGCUGGAUUCCAAGAGGAGGAGCGCAACGCGUCUACAUCGAAAUUAAGUUUACUCUUCGCGAUUGCAAUAGUCUCCCUGGAGUAUCAGGAACUUGUAAGGAGACCUUUAAUAUGUACUAUUAUGAAUCCAACAACAACAACCUGUGGUUCAUUAAGGAGAAUCAGUAUCUUAAGAUUGACACCAUAGCGGCGGAUGAAAGCUUCACUCAAGUGGAUGUUGGAGACAGAGUCAUGAAGUUGAACACAGAAGUAAGAGAUAUCAGUAACUUGUUUAAGAAGGGAUUCUAUUUGGCUUUUCAAGAUGUCGGCGCUUGUAUCGCUCUAGUUUCUGUAAGGGUCUUCUACAAAAAAUGUCCCAUGACAAUCCGCAACCUUGCCCAGUUCUCGGAUACCGUCACUGGAGGUGACUCGGCGCUGGUGGAAGUAAAGGGAUCUUGUGUGAACAACUCGGUGGAGUUUGAUGUUCCCAAGAUGUACUGCAGUGCCGAUGGCGGUUGGCUGGUGCCUAUAGGCCGCUGCGCAUGCAAGCCUGGAUAUGAAGAGAAAAAAGAUACCUGCCAUUCCUGUCGCCCCGGGUAUUACAAGGCAUUGCUGACGGAUACCUACUGCACCAAGUGCCCUCCUCACAGCUUCUCCCUGCAGAACAGCUCUGCUGAAUGCACGUGCGAGAAGGGCUUUUACAGAGCUGAAUCCGACCCCAAGUCGACUGCCUGCACACAACCACCAUCUGCUCCAAAUAAUCCAAUUUCCACUGUCAAUGAAACGUCCGUCAUCAUGGAAUGGGGUCCUCCCGAAGAUACUGGGGGCAGAUUGGAUAUAAUGUACAAUAUACACUGUAGAAGAUGCCAAGCAGAAUCCCAGAAAUGCAGCCCUUGUGGGAGCGGCAUCCACUAUAUACCUCGACAAUUCGGGUUGUCUCACCCUCGAGUCCUCAUCACGGACCUGCUUCCUUAUACCAACUAUACAUUUGACAUAGAGGCUUUGAAUGGGGUGUCCGAACUGAGCUCCAGUCCUAAGCAAUUCAUUUCUGUCAAUGUUACCACCAGUCAAGUAGUCAAUGUGAUCCUGAAAGAAAGGAAGAGCAAGGACAGUGUCACAUUGGCUUUCCAGGGACUGGAGAAGACUAAUGACAUUGUUGUGGAGUAUGAAGUAAUUUACUAUGAAAAGAAUCAAAAGGAGCAAAAUUACACUGUAUUAAAAACUCGGUCUUCUUUUAUGACCGUGGAUGGCCUCAAACCAGGAACGACUUAUGUCUUCAGAGUCAGAGCUCAUACAGUUGGAGGCCAAGGGAUUUAUGGAGGAGAGAUUGAGCUGGAGACUAGCACCGAAGACAUGAUUGCCAUCACUGACCCAAACCAAAUCACUAUACUGGCCAUUUCUGUGGCAGGAGGAAUCGUUCUGCUGAUUUUCCUGGUGACCUGCUUUUUUGUCAGUGGAAGACACUGCGGAUAUAUCAAAGCAAAGCAGGACCCAGAUGAAGACAAGAUGCAUUUUCAGCACGGCCGAGUGAAGCUGCCGGGCAGUAGAACCUACAUCCACCCUCACACUUAUGAAGAUCCCAACCAGGCUGUGCGAGACUUUGCUAAAGAGAUUGACGCCUCAUCUAUACGGAUCGAGCGGGUCAUCGGUGCAGGCGAAUUUGGAGAGGUUUGCAGCGGGCGUCUCAAGUUACCCAGCAAGAGGGAGAUUUAUGUGGCCAUAAAGAGUCUGAAGGCUGGAUAUUCAGAAAAGCAGAGAAGGGACUUUUUGGGAGAAGCCAGCAUCAUGGGCCAGUUUGACCAUCCAAACAUUAUCCGACUGGAAGGAGUCGUCACCAAAUGCAAACCAGUCAUGAUAAUAACAGAAUUCAUGGAAAAUGGAUCAUUGGACUCGUUUCUAAAGAAGCACGACGGCCAAUUCACGGUUAUUCAGUUAGUGGGUAUGCUGAGAGGCAUAGCAUCUGGAAUGAAAUAUUUAUCUGAUAUGAACUACGUCCACAGAGACCUGGCUGCUCGAAACAUCUUAGUCAAUAACAACUUGGUCUGCAAAGUCUCUGACUUUGGCCUUUCCCGUGUACUUGAAGAUGACCCUGAAGCUGCAUAUACCACUAGGGGGGGAAAGAUUCCAAUUCGAUGGACGGCACCAGAAGCAAUAGCAUACCGAAAAUUCACAUCAGCAAGUGAUGUGUGGAGCUACGGGAUAGUAAUGUGGGAAGUGAACUCAUAUGGAGAAAGACCUUACUGGGAAAUGUCAAAUCAAGAUGUGAUAAAAGCCAUAGAUGAAGGUUAUCGUCUCCCCCCUCCCAUGGACUGUCCAGUAGUGUUACACCAACUCAUGCUGGACUGUUGGCAAAAAUGUCGGAGUGACCGACCCAAGUUUGGUCAAAUUGUCAACAUUCUAGACAAAUUCAUAAGGACCCCGAGCAGUCUGAGUGAGCUUGCCAAUAGCUCUGAGUGGCAGGACCCUGCCAUGUCUGACUCCUUCUCUGUGACGACUAUUGAACAGUGGCUGGAAGCUAUCAAGAUGAUCCAGUAUAAAGACCACUUCACAAUGGCGGGAUACGUCACUCUAGACUCUGUCAUGUUUCUUAACAACAGUGAACUCAGCAGAAUGGGAAUCGCAUUAGCUGGACACCAGAAAAAAAUCCUGUCAAGCAUACAAAACCUUCAUGCGCUAGGGACCCAGCUGCAAAUCUAAAGUAUUCCCGGAUUCCUUGAUAUUCAGAGGGAUCUUCUCUGCUCUACCAGAGGCAGUAUCUUCACAGACGAUAACUGUGCUUCACCUUCCAAUGACAAGUGUACUACAGGGAACGACAAGUUUUUUGAAGGGUGAUUAAAUAUGCCAGUAGUCCUAAAUUAUGGCUAAUGGUGCCUUUUGAAUAGGUGUUUUGGACUGUGAAGUAUCUACGAAAGGUAAAAAAAAAGCAACACGUGAACAAAAUGAAGAAAUUUAAAUCAAACAAUCAUUAACAAUAAUACAAUAACAGAACAGCGUCGCAAGAGGUGGAAUGGUAUACUGGUCAAUGGAAAAAACGUCAUAGAUUCCUGAAGAAGGUUGGACCACAGCUACAUGAAACACUAGUGAUGAUGAUGAUGACGAUAGAAGAUGCUGGUAUUCCGGAACUCAAACAGCCAAUGUAAUGAACCUGCCGUAGACUUGUGUUAAAGAAAGCCCCCUCAAAUAUUGUGAGGCCGAUGCAGGAAUCCUUUGCAGACAUUAACUUUCCAGCAUAACAUCUUCAUGUACUAUAAUUUAUUCAAAACAGCUCAACCUCUGAUGGCAAAUGCAUUUGAACGCAUUAUAUGUGUGUAUUUAAGAAUAAACAAUAUGUAUAUUUUGAUUUUCAUAUAUGAUUUUCAUUUCCUAUCCGUUGCUAUCUCACUUCCAAUCGCUCACAAUGCAUUGUCUACAAACUCAAUAAAAUCCAUGUAGCAUUUGUAA